AGUUGCCGUGUGAGUGUUGAGCAGACUAUAGACUACUAAAAAAUAAAUAAGCGACGUUGCCACGUCGACUUGUUCUUAAGUGAAAAUACAACUAGAAUUGAGUGAAUCAGUUUUUAAUUUGAUUUCAGUUUAUUAUCAACAAUUGCGUAAUAAAUACAUUGGGAAAUGAAUAUUUCGAUGCAAUAUACUUAUAUUUUUAUUCAACGGAAUAUUGUAACGACCAGUUGAAAAAAAAGAUUGAAAAAGAAAAUAAAGUGACGUACUUUUAUUCAAAAAUAUGGAAGACAUUCUUACAGGUUUGUGCAGGUGCUGGAGUUAUCAGUUAUUUCGUGGCUGACUUCAAAGUGUUAAGUUUUGAUACCUUCAAAAUACUCGGGAAGAAUCUGGAAUAUUUAUCGGAUUUGAUUACAUUUGUGUACGUUGUGGGUACGAUGUGGCUACAUGCGAUCAUACUAAGCAGUUGGACAUAUUUAGUAACACAGUUUAAAAUACAAUUUUUACUGUUAAUCGAACAAAUAGAAUAUCUGAAGAAAUUCAAAAAUAAGGAUAUUAAUAUAAAUAACGAAUUUUAUCAAGAAUGUGUACGAAUUGCUUUAAAAAACAGUAUCAUUCAUCAUUUACAAAUCAAAAGACUUUACAGCGAGUGUUCUGGCAAAGUGACGAUAAUGAUGAUUUUUUUAACUUUUCAAGGCUUUUUCAUUCUGAUUUCGUUUAUAUGGAUCAUAAUCGUAUCAGUGGAAUUUUAUAAUACAUUAUGUGACACGGACUGGAUUCACUGGAAUAGAUCCAAUAAAAGAACGCUUUUAAUAAUGCUUCAAAUUACAUCGACUCCUUUAGCAAUAUCGUUCUUUGGGAUAAUCAGUUUGGAUUUCAACUUAUUAAAACAAUUUUACAAAUGGAGCUACCAAGCCAUUUCACUGAUCGUACAAUUUCAACAUAAAUAAUAUCAAGAUAUUUAUUAAAACCAUUAUAGAUUUAUUUAGUGUGUUAAAAAUUAUAUUACACUUAUGGUAAUAAUAAAAC